AUGGGUUCCCUCACAGUGCACAAACUUCCCAUUAUUGACUUCACUAAGGAAAACCUGAAGCCUGGUACAAGUUCUUGGCUCACGGCACGCCAUGCCGUUACUCAUGCCCUUGAAGAAUAUGGCUGUUUCAUAGCAAUUUAUGAUAAAAUUUCAUCAGAGCUUCAUGAUGCAGUUUUUAGGUCAUUAGAACAAUUGUUUGAUCUCCCCACUGCAACCAAAGUCCAAAACAAGUCCAGUAAACCCUUGUAUGGCUAUGUAGGUCAAAUCCCCAUCAUUCCUCUUUAUGAAAGCUUGGGCAUUGAUUAUCCAAAUACACCUCAAGGAAUUCAAAGUUUCACAAAUGUCAUGUGGCCUCAUGGAAAUGAUGCUUUCAGUGAAAGUCUGCUCUCCUACUCCAAGGUAGCAGCAGAAUUAGAACAGUUGGCGGUUAAAAUGGUAUUUGAAAGCUAUGGUGUGGAGAAAUACUAUGAGUCUUACCAAAGCUCAGCCAAUUACCUCUGUCGAGUCAUGAAGUAUAGAGAGCCCCAACCGAAUGAGACUAAUAAGGGCUUUGUCUCUCACACCGACAAGAAUUUUAUGACUGUACUUCAUCAAAAUCAAAUUAACGGCUUGGAGAUUAAAGCAAAAGAUGGCGAGUUUUUUGGUGUUGACUACCUUCCUCAAUCUUUCGUGGUCAUGGCAGGUGAUGCGAUCAUGGCAUGGAGCAAUGGGAGGAUACAAUCUCCUCAUCACAGGGUUACUAUGAAUGGGAAUGCAGCAAGAUAUUCUCUAGCACAGUUUUCAUUCAUGCAGGGGAAUAAGGUGCAAACGCCGGAAGAGCUAGUUGAUGAAGAACACCCAUUGCUGUUUAAUCCAUUCGAUCAUCUUGAUUUUCUCAAAUUCUAUAGUGAAGGGAACAAUCGCUACUUGGAGUGUCCUAUUAGAACCUACUGUGGUGUUUAA